AUGUUGUCGCUGCUCAGCCUGGCGCUGUACCUCGGCUGUGGGGUGGCCGACGGUCCUCUGCUGGAGCCCUUCGAUCUACUCUACGAGGAAGGCAUCCGCGCCUAUUACCGGAGUGACUGGCCGGAGGUGGUGCGGGCCAUGGAGGCAGCGGUCGACAGCUACCGGCAACUGCGGCGGCUCCAGGUGCGCUGCCGGCUGGAGUGCGCCGCCCGUCACGGCCUGGGGCAGUCCGGAGACCAGCUGGUUGCCGCCGUCCUGCACCGGGCAAACUGCAUCCGCCGGUGCCAGACCGGCUACAUGGGGCCGGCCUCCAUCUACCGGGUUAGCUCGGACAUAGAACACGAGUUCGAGCGGCGCGGCCCCUACAACUACCUGCAGCUGGCUUACUACAAGCUGGGUGAACUGGACAAGGCAGCAGCUGCUGCCCACACCUUCUUCUUGGCCAACCCCGAGCACGUGGAGAUGAGGCAGAGCCUUGAGCGCUACAGGCAGAUGGAGGGCGUCCAGGAGAGCCACUUCGCCGACCGGGAGAUACGACCGUACAUGGAGGCCUUUAACAGGGGGCUGAAGCACUUUGAGGAGGAGGAGUACGGUCUGGCCAUCACUGCGCUUGAAGAGGCCCUGAGUCAGUUCUGGCAGGCGGAAAAGGAGUGCAGGGCCUAUUGUCAGGGCCCGCUGGUGUUUGACAGUCGGACCCAGCAGUGGCGGGGCCUGCACCUCUAUGAAAUUAUCACAGCUCACUACCUACAGGUGCUGGUGUGUGAACACAGCUGUGUGAGGGAGCUCUCGACGCGCGCAGGCCGACUCUCGCCCAUUGACAGCUACCUGCCCCUGCACUACCACUGCCUGCAGUAUUCCUACUACAAGGUGAAAGACUACAAGAAGUCACUGGAGGCCGCGCGGUCAUACCUGCUACUGGUGCCUGAGGAUGCGGACAUGCUGGCAAGCGUAGCCUCCCACCAGCAUCUGCUUCAGCGGGAGAGAGACCCUGCCUUUGUCGACCCUCGCCAGGAGCUGGUCCAGUACAUGGAGAGGUAUCGGCUGGAGAAGAAGCUCUUACAGUCCCUCGCAGUGGAUUGGGAAUUCACGUACGUGGAUCCGUUGCUGGUGAACGCAGCAGGCCAGGCAGCAUCUAUAGGAAGAGGCGCAGUCGACGUUUCAGGCCGAGACCCUUCGUCAGGACUAACUGAAGGAAGAAUGAGCUGGAGUGUGUCCCAAGAGAAGAGCGAAGAUGAGCGCCGUGCAGACAGGUCCCCAGCAACUGAGGUGAAUACCCUGAAGGCACCACCGGCACCGGUAAUGCAGAAGAAGAGGACAGAAAGGAAGGCUGAGCGAAAUCUGCAUGAAGGUGGGCCAGUGCUUUUCAAGCAUGUGAAGGUCGUUCACAACUCCCAGGAGCUGAACGGGACGCAGCGGGUGCUGCUUGAUGACGUCCUCACUGCCCAGGAGUGUCGGGAGUUGUACCGCGUGGCCAACAGAAUCGCCACGGAGGGGGACGGCUACCGAGGGAAGAUGUCCCCUCACACACCCAAUGAGCGCUUUGAGGGAGCAACAGUGUACCGGGCCCUGACGUACGGAUUCGAGGGCCGGAUCUCGAUGCGUGCAGCUAAGCUGUUCUAUGACGUGAGUGAGAGGGUUCGCCGGAUUGUCCAGUCUUACUUCAUGCUGAACUCCACCCUCUACUUCUCGUUCACACACCUGGUGUGCCGCACGGCCAUCGAAGGUCAACAGGACAAUCGCAACGACCUUAGUCACCCAAUCCACGCCGACAACUGCCUCCUGGACCCCGACGCACAGGAGUGUUGGAAGGAGCCGCCUGCCUACACACACCGCGACUACAGUGCCAUCCUCUAUUUGAAUGGAGAUUUUGAAGGCGGUGAAUUUAUAUUCACCGAAGCUGAUGCUAAAACAAUCACGGCCGCGGUGAAGCCGCGCUGUGGAAGGGUGGUGAGCUUCUCCUCGGGGGGAGAGAACCCUCACGGGGUGAUGGCUGUCACCCGGGGUCAGAGAUGUGCUGUCGCUCUUUGGUUCACCCUCAACCCCCGCUUCCGCGAGCAGGAGCGGAUCCGGGCCGACGAGGUGGUUCAGCUCAUCUCUCUCCAACAGAGUUUGGACAACAAAUUCCAUAUAAACCCACGAGAUGAAUUAUGAAUCCUGGUUUAGAAUAUAUUUAUUUAAAUCUCUGGCAACCCCCGUAGAAAUUCUAAUUUUCUGUAAAAAGAUUAUUUAAGUUUUAAACUUCACAGUGUGAGCACAUCAAUUGUUCUGCCUCAGGAGGUAGUUCCAGGUAUGUCCGGUCUGCGGAUGGUGUCUGCUUCACAGGCAGACUCGUUCCCUGGCCAUUCACCUCCCGUUCCCCAUCGUCACCACUGACAACAGAGCUUCAUUCCAUCACUAGCCAGCCUGUCCCAUCGGGGAGCGUGCAACUGAAUGGUGGAAAGCUUCACUCGGCGUCAGAUGGUCGGUGUGGAGGGAAACUCAUUCUGAAGUGCAGACGAUACGAAAUUCCCAUGGCUCUGGAGAUGAGGAGUUGUGCCCCGACUGCGCCACACCCUAGGGAAGGCGACGGGGUCACUGUGGUGUGUUCUGAGUUUGUGGUCUGGUUUAUCUGAGUGCAAUGUAUUUACACCCUGCACAGGAAUUUAUGAUAUUGUGGUUAACAGAUUAUUUAUAAAAUGAAUAUUUUGCAGAUACUAUGGAAAUGUAUUAUGUUGGUGAGUCUGUGAAGUGUGUGGGCUUCACUGUCACCAGUCUUGGGUAGCGUAAGUGGCCUCACACCCCACUCUGGGACUGUUCAUUUGUUUUGCCCCUCUGGGUCAAUGCCAGGAUUUGGAUGGGUUUCACAAUGCUGAGGUUUGUAGCAAUGAUAAUGUACUGUGAUUUGGUCUCAAGACUCCAGAUUGCUUAAUGUCAUUUCCAGUACACAAGUCUAAAGGUGAACAAAAUAACUAUUACUCUGGAUCUGAUUCAGCACAAAAAAGGGACACUAACAAUAAAUUCAUAAGAUAGCUUAUAUCCAUAGAUUGAGUGGCCGUACAGGAGAUGAUAAAGUGGAGGGUGGGUUAGUGGGUGGAGGUGUUCGUCAGUCUUGGGGAAAGUAACUGUUUUUGAGUCUGGUGGUCCUGGCGUGGGACAAACAGGCCAUGAGCAGGGUGGGUGGGAUCCUUCAUGAUGUUACUGGGCCUUUUCUCUGUAUUUGCUGGGGUAGGUUGGUGCAGGUGAUGUGGUGGGCAGUCUUGAUCCGUUGUAGUGCCUUGUCCCUGUUACCUGGUCUGUCUGAUCAACUCCCUGCUUCCUGUACCCUUCUAGCAACUGGGGGGAUGACACGGGUUACUGGUUCAUAUUAUUUGAAUAUAUGAUGAGAAUUUUUAAAGAUUAAUACUUUGUGAAAAGUGAAAGACUUGAAUCUAUGAAUAAAAGUUAAAAUUCAGCUGUGUGUGGCCA